AUGUCCGGCAGCAUGUCGUCGGACGACCCCGCCUCGCCCAGCGCCGGGGCGUACUAUGACGCCACUAAAGAAGAGGAUGAGCUAAUGGCCGCUGGCGCCACGGAAGGCAGCAUGUCUGAUCCUGCUGCCAUCGCCAAAGCCAUGAGGCGCCACGAGCUCCUCAAGCUGAAGAACAGGCGGGCGCAAGCGCGUUAUAGGGAGCGAACAAAGGCGAAGGCCCUCGUCUGGCAGGAUCAGGUGGAGGUACUGACUGCAGCUCUGCAGCAGGCCAAUGCAGAGAAGGCUGUGCUGGCAGCUGACAAAGCCAGGCUGGAGCAGGAAGUCAGCCGCCUGCGGCUGCAGAUGAGCAUGGGCAAGACCAUGGACCUGCCAGACAGCAAGCUGGCCAAUGGGCACUCCCCGCCCAGCGUGCUCCACGAGGUGCAUGUGCUGGCGCCCACACAACCCGUGAACAUGGAGGCGGAUGCCGACACGACGCGCGCAGUGCAGAGGGUGUUUGCGCUCGUGCGCAAUGGAGAAGCGGCCGCCGACGCAAAAGAGCCACCCCUCACCCUGGAUGACGUCGUCCGCUUCUACAAUGUGUGGGUGAGGGAGCUGGCGGCUGCCCUGAUGGACAUGGGCAACAAGUCCAACGCGCCAGCGCAGGCCAGCGUGGAAGAGCUCGUCCUGGCAGGGAGGGAGGUCAGCAAGAAGCUGCACGUGCGGCUGCCGGAACUGUCAAAGCUGCUGGACGCCACCCUGGCCAAGGCCCCCAAGGAGCAGUUUGGCCCGCCAUCCGCCCAGAUCUGGAAACGCAUCAUGGAGCGUGUGAAUUUGACUCCCGCCCAGGUGGAGCAGAUUGUGCAGCUGCGCCAGGACCUACUGGAGCAGGUCUGUGGAAUUUUAGAGGACCGCAGGGCCACCUUUGCCAAGCUGCAGGCGGAUGCAGCGGAUGCAGAGGAUUCUGGCAACACUGCGAGCGCGCUGCUGGCGGCCAGCCAAACGAGCGCGCAGCUCAAGGCCAGCCAGCUGCAGGAGCAGCAGCUUGUCAUAACCUUCCUGCACCACUUCUGCGAGAAGAUCCUGCAGCCGGUGCAGGAGGCGCGCAUGGUGGUGGAUGCGCACCCCUACGUCGUCAAUGCCUUUGCGCUGUGCACCGCCGCGGCCGAUGCGGCCGGCCACGACGCCGCGCUGGCCGAACCGCUCGCGUCCUUGCUGGCCGAGGAGCAGGCCCCCUCCUGGUCCCCCCUGCCGCCAGACUCGCCCUUCCGCGCCCUCUACCACGGCGAGCUCCGCCUGCAUCAGGGUGCUGCCAUGCUCGUUGGGCAGCCUGACGCAAAAGCUCGGGCCUCUGGCGAGGAUCCGGGGCCAGAGGCGUAG